GCUUUCAUACAGGGGAAGUUGUGUACGCGGAUGUUACGUCAUUGAUUCAGCCAUAUUGUGUUCUGGGUGUUGCUGAAGGAGAGAUCGAGUUAUGAAGGGGAUCCGGGGUCUUAGUAAUUUCUCUCAGAGGCUCUCUGCAGCACAGGCUGCCCAUAAGCUGGAUGCGGCAGCAGCUGUUCUCCCUGCACAGGAGGUUCAGGUGACCAAACUACCCAGUGGCCUGGUCAUUGCCUCCUUGGAGAACUACUCGCCUGCCUCCAAGAUCGGUGUGUUUAUGAAAGCCGGCUGUCGAUAUGAGACGCCAGACAACCUGGGAGUUACUCACAUUCUCCGUUUGGCAGCUAACCUGACCACUAAGGGUGCAUCGGCGUUCAAGAUCUGUCGUGGUGUUGAGGCUGUGGGAGGCAGCUUGAGUGUGACAUCAUCAAGAGAGAACAUGGUUUACACUGUUGAGUGCUUGAGAGACCACAUUGACACUGUUAUGGAGUUCUUGAUCAAUGUGACAACUGCUCCUGAGUUCAGGCCAUGGGAGGUGGCCGACCUUACCCCCAGGGUGAAGAUGGACAAGGCCCUGGCUCACCACAAGCCACAGAUUGGUGUUAUUGAAAGCCUGCAUGCAGCAGCAUAUAAGAACGCCCUGUCCAACUCUCUGUACUGUCCAGACUACAUGGUGGGGCACAUCGGCUCAGAUCAGAUGCUCUCCUUCGUCCAGAACAAUUUCACCAGUGGAAGAAUGGCUCUGGUUGGACUCGGUGUGGAGCACUCUGUGCUGACGCAAGUUGGAGAGCAGUUCCUCAAUAUCCGCAGUGGAAUAGGGGCUGCUGGGAAAAAGGCUCAGUACCACGGAGGUGAGCUGCGGGUUCCGAACAGAGACAGCCUGGUGCACGCGGUGGUGGUGAGUGAGGGUGCGGCGGUGGGCACGCCGGAGGCUACCGCAAACAGAGUGCUGCAGCAGGUGCUGGGGGCAGGACCACAGGUCAAGAGGGGCUCCAACACCACCAGCAAGCUGAGCCAGGCCAUCACCAAGGCAACCACCCACCCCUUCAGUGCAUCUGCAUUCAAUGCCAGUUACUCAGACUCGGGGCUGUUUGGAGUGUACACCAUCUCCCAGGCCUCAUGCACUGGUGACGUGAUUAAGGCAGCUCUUAGCCAGGUGAAGGCUGUGGCUCAGGGGGGCCUCACUGCUGCUGAUCUCACCAGAGCCAAGAACCAGGUGAAGGCGGAAUAUCUGAUGUCGCUGGAAAGCUCAGAGGGCAUGUUUGAGGAUAUGGGCUCCCAGGCACUGGCAGGAGGAACCUACAAUUCACCAGAGGCCGUGGCCCAAAACAUUGACUCAGUGACUUCAGAUGGUGUCAUCAAUGCUGCCAAAAAGUUUGUGGCAGGGAAGAAAACAAUGGUGUCUAGAGGACAGAUGAAGACAACACCUUUCAUUGAUGAACUGUGACAGUGGAUAUUUUUAUAACUUCAGAGGCAAGCUAUGCCUUGUUGUUUAUUCAACAACCAAAAAGAAAACAGAAAAUGGUCCUGAUUCUCAGUCACUUAAUUGCAAGAAGAGAUAAAAUUGUCAUCAGCAGUUGCUAUUUAUUGUUUUAAUUUCUCUGUAUUACCUGGGGAGAAAGGGUAUGAAAGUUUCCCACUGUUGUCCUCUAUACUGUACAAUGGAUGUAAAUUAAUUAAAGUCCAUCUAUGUUUAAAAAUAUUA